GAAGUAAAAAAAAAAGCCCAAUAAACAAAGCCUGGUCAUGUUGGGCUCUGAUCCAAACCAUAACCACCUCCUGAGUCUUCUUCACUAACACCGGUCUUCCACGGCGGAAACGAGCAACGGCUUAGGUCAAUCAGACAAUGGCGAGCAGAGUUUACGUUCAUUACCACCACGCCGAUGCCUGUAGCAAAGCUCGCUGGAACGCCAGAGAGACCUUUAGGUUUAUGUAUGAUAGGCCUUGGAAACAUGUUCUUGAUUUCUACUCAAAUGCAGUGGAAGGGAAUCUUUCUGUCCUGAAUCUGUUUCAGCCUAAAAAAUCUUUGGUACAUGACGAUGGGAUAAACGAAGAGAUGUCUCUUGAAACGGAAUCAGAGACUUCGACUCGAAAAGACGGGAGGUCUGGGAGGUGGGAAAGAGUGAAUUUCAAGAUUGUUCUUUCGUACAAUGGGACUUCUUUUGAUGGAUGGCAGAAACAGCCUGACUUACAUACUGUUCAGGGUGUAGUAGAGAAGUCUCUCGGGGGAUUUGUUGAUGAUAGGAAAGCCCAACUGCUCAAGAAAAAAUGUAAACCAUUAGAAGGCCGUGUUCUUGUUGCUGGAAGAACCGACAAAGGAGUGUCUGCUCUUAAUCAAGUUUGUUCUUUCUAUACAUGGAGGAAAGACAUUGAACCCAUUGCUAUUGAAGAUGCUAUCAAUAAAGAUGCUUCUGGGAAACUAAGGGUUGUGUCAAUCUCUAAGGUUUCCCGAUCAUUUCACCCAAAUUUCUCUGCAAAAUGGAGGCGCUACUUGUAUAUCUUUCCCUUGGAUGAUGCUGAGUCAUUGCACGAAAGUGGCGAGAAUCAUGAGAACUUCAUCUUUGAUGAGAACCAUGAAAAGCAAAGAAAUGGACUCUUAAGUGAAGAGAAUACUGAAGAAGUAAUAUUGAGCGAGGACGAUGAGCUUGAAAUUGAGGAAACCAGCAAUGGGCUUGAAGUAGUAGAAAAACCAAGUGACUUCAGUGUAAUCAAGGUUGAUCAACUUUUACAGCAGCUUCAAGGAAAAGUAUUAUCCUACAAGAUGUUUGCUCGUGAUACAAAAGCUGCAAGAAACGAAGGUCCGCCUACAGAAUGUUUUAUGUACCAUGCACGGGCAGCCGAGAUUAGAUUGUCCUGUUCUGACUGUGUGGAAGGAAGAAGGGUUAUGUGUGUUGAGCUUGUCGCUAACCGAUUUCUCCGCAAGAUGGUUCGAGUUCUUGUGGCAACAUCAAUCCGAGAAGCUGCCGCUGGUGCAGAAAAUGAUGCAUUGUUAAAACUGCUAGAAGCUUCAUGCAGACGAGCCACAGCUCCUCCGGCUCCAUCUGAAGAUACAUUAUAUGCUAUAACACAGACCCAGCUUUCAUCUACUUCAGUUCCCAGAAGGAAACUGAAACCGAGAGAAGAAGUAGUGGAAAUGGUGAAAACCUGCGAGAAAAGAGAAGAAAGUAUUACGUUGGCCAUUGACAGAGACAAAGAGAGCCAAAACGCUUUGAAAUGGGCGGUUAGCAAUCUUCUUAGCCGAGGCCAGACUCUUACUCUUCUUCAUGUCAAACUCAAACAACCCUCUUCUCUUCCCUAUUCCGGAUCUAACCUUAGUAAGCCAGGCGAUGAUCCGUCAGAAUUGUUUCUUCCCUUCCGUUGCUAUUGUGCCAGAAAAGAUAUCAACUGCCAAGAUGUGGUUGUAGAGGAUGUUAGUGCGGCUAAAGGAAUAGUUGACUAUGUGCAACAGAAUGCAAUCGAGACUCUAAUACUCGGUUCAUCGAAGAUGACUCUUUUAAGAAGGUUCAAAGCAGCGGAUGUUUCAAGCACCGUCAUGAAAAAGGCACCGAGUUUCUGUACUGUAUAUGUUAUCUCUAAAGGGAAAAUCUCGUCUCUGAGAUCAGCUACAAGUUCACCUCCCCAUUCCAUUAUGCCGCCUAUGCGACAGCAUGCUCACGCUCAGACGAGUAAUCUGAAUGUUGAAAGGAGGCAACAAACAAUGCAAAGAACACAUGACGAGAUCAAGAUCGAGAUCAAGUCUCCCUUUUCGAGAAGAGGAUACGAAGGCGUUUACCAGCCCUCGAUAACAGACUCUGAUAUAUCAUUUGUGAGUAGUGGAAGACCGAGUGUGGAUCAGAUGUUUCCUUCCUUGUAUGACAAUGUGGAUGUUCCACGGCUCUCAGUCAGCUCUGAGUAUGGAGAAAAUCGAUCCAGUUUUGCUACAUCAUACUCAAAGCAGUCCAUAGAUCUCGGCUCACCAUAUGCACCAAACUAUUCAAGCUCAUUUGAAAGUGGGAGACAAUCAUUCUCACUACAGAGCCAGGAUGAGAUUGAAACCGAGAUGAGAAGGCUGAAAAUGGAGCUAAAGCAUACAAUGGAAAUGUAUAACAGUGCCUGCAAGGAAGCAAUAUCUGCAAAGAAAGCGGCUAAUGAGUUACACAAGUGGAAAGCAGAUAAGGAACAUAAAUUAGAAGAGGUGAGACUUGCCAAGGAGGCAGCAAUGGCAAUGGCAGAGAGAGAGAGAGAAAAAGGCAGAGCAGCCAUGGAAGCGGCAGUGGCAGCUCAAAGAAUAUCAGCACUUGAAGCUCAAAAGAGAAAGCAAAUUGAAACCAUAGAGGAAAAGAAGAGGGUGAUGUCUUCUGUAGUGAAAACUAAUUUAAGGUACAGAAAAUACAGUAUUGAGGAGAUUGAAGAAGCCACAGAAGAUUUCUCGCCUAGUCGCAAGGUAGGAGAAGGAGGCUAUGGACCUGUUUACAAGGGAACACUAGAUUAUACUAAAGUGGCAAUAAAAGUUCUAAGACCAGAUGCGGCACAAGGAAGGUCUCAGUUCCAGCAAGAAGUUGAAGUACUAACCUGUAUGAGACAUCCAAACAUGGUUCUCCUGCUUGGUGCCUGUCCGGAAUACGGAUGUUUAGUCUACGAAUACAUGGCCAAUGGUAGCUUAGAAGACUGCAUCUUCAGACGAGGAAACUCUCCAAUCCUUUCUUGGCAGCUAAGAUUUCGUAUAGCAGCUGAAAUCGCAACCGGUCUUCAUUUCCUCCACCAGAUGAAACCGGAGCCUUUAGUGCACCGUGACCUUAAACCGGGAAACAUAUUACUUGACCAGCAUUUUGUCAGCAAGAUUUCCGAUGUUGGCUUGGCCAGACUCGUCCCUCCAUCUGUUGCUGACACUGCAACCCAAUAUAGAAUGACAUCAACCGCUGGAACAUUCUGUUACAUAGAUCCAGAGUAUCAGCAGACCGGUAUGUUGGGGACUAAAUCAGACAUUUAUUCGUUCGGCAUUAUGCUUUUGCAAAUAAUUACAGCUAAGCCACCAAUGGGUUUGACUCAUCACGUCGAAAGAGCAAUCGAAAAGGGAACUUUCGCUGAGAUGUUAGACCCUGCUGUUCCUGACUGGCCAGUCGAAGAGGCCUUGGUUGCAGCAAAACUUGCUCUAAAAUGUGCAGAAUUAAGACGCAAAGACAGACCUGACUUAGGGAAUGUUGUUUUGCCUGAGCUUAACAAACUCAGGGAUGUAGCCGAAGAAAGCAUUAAAUUUGGCGGAAGCCAGCCUUCACCAAUCAGGAGCUCAGGGUCCGCGACCUCACUACAGGAGAUUAUGAGUGAUCCUCAGCUACAAUAUGGAUCUGAUAGCUCAAGUAUCAACAACAGUUCUACAUCUUGAAGAAGAAAAUCAAAUGUCAGAAACAAUCAAAGAAUGAACAAUAUACAUUAACUAAUUUUGGUCAAGAUCAAUCAAGAAUUGUUGUUUGUCCAUAGCGGUUAUAUACCGAAUAUUUUAAACAGAGUUUUAAAUCUGUUCAUAUAGUA